AUGGGUCGUUUAACCGCUGAUCGUCGUUGUCAAACUGUUCCCGAGGCUGAUCUCCGAAAGGCCUUCUCAGCACUGCUGAUGCUCCCUGAGCCAGGUGCUCUUUGUGCCAGGCUGAGACAUUCCAGCUGUGAGCUGGAGAAGAGUGAAUUGUGCUCCGUUCAUGGGGCUGUGAAGGAACUCCUGUGUCCCCAGAAGGGAUCAGCAGCUGAGGUUACACGUUUGUCUCGGGCACAAGAAGCCGCUUGUGACAAGCAGGGAGGUGCCACUUGUGCAGGGCAUGAAGAUGUGGAGAAUGGGUUCGGCACCAGAAAGGGAAGAGUGAAGGUGCCUCAUGGUCCCCAGGGCAGAUCCGUAUCAUUGGAUAAACAGAAACAAACCCUCAGAGGAUGUCUGGCUGCAGUCGAGUGGAUCAGAUCCCAUCCCAAAAUCACUCUGGGGGUGCUGAUUCUCAAUGGGCUCCUGCUCCUGGCUCUGGGUGUGUCCUUGGCUGUUGUGUCAGGGAGAACACAAACAGAAAAUCCAGUUACCCCUGACACUCCAGUGCUGCUGGCCUGUCCCCAUGGCUGGGUCGGGCACCGCGGGAUCUGCUACUUCCUCUCGAGGGAUCAGCUCAGCUGGGAUCAGGCUCAGGCUCAGUGCUCCGAGCUCGGGGCCUCCCUGGCCGUGCUCMAGGACUGGGAAAUGGAGUUCCUCUUCCCUCACAGUGCCAGGGUCGAUUACUGGGUGGGGCUGCGCAGACGGGGCCGGGAGCUGCAGUGGGGGGACGGCAGCAGCUUCAACUCCUCCUGAGUCCUGGGGGGCACA